AUGGCGACCGAAAGGAGUGUUCUGUCACACCGGAGGAUGGCGAGUGCUUUGCUUGUGGUGGUCUGCGUACUCGCGUUCACUGCGGUGCUGGGGGAUCAGACAGUCACUGAAACACCUGAAAACAUCUGCAGUGCGCAAACGGAGACGACAGGCAUAUCGGUUUCAGUUGACCCGAAAACCAAAAAGGUCUCAUUUGUCUGCGAUAAAGGCAUGAACAAAGUGUUGCCUUCGGCUGAAGAUAACCGUGUCACUAAAUGCUACACCAAGAAGGAACUCGAGGGAGAUGUGGACUUGGUACGGUUGUUCGGCGAAGGUACCACAGCCGUAAUCACAUCAACCGCAGAAGCCUCCCAAAAUUCAGAACUCACACUGACAGUGGGAACGCUCCCCAUGAAAACGAAUAUCAUCUACUUCUAUUGCACCACCUCAGCUGAGGAUUCGGAUUCUGUGACAGAGUCCAGGCCAAGCGACACGACGCCUGGACUUGAAUCUGCUCAUGGUGGCUCUCUUGUCCCUCCCCCAGCGGCAGCAGCUGUGAGUGGAGUCAGGAAUACCAGCAAGGAUUCGUCAGUUACGCCGAGAGGCACUGUCGGAUUAGUCGGAGGAGUGCGCCGGCUGAUGGUGGUGGACGACAAACAGGAUAAGGCCUUGAGUCGGUCAACUACCCUAGAGAAUGGUGAAACUGUAACCCCAACCCAACCGAAAGCCAAAUGCCUUGUCACCGUCACAGUCCCCGCUGAUCCCGAUGCUCAGACAUGCACUCUUGCGAAACAGAACAUGAAUCUGGAGAUCACCGAAAAAUCCAAGAGCGCUGCGUUCCAGUGCGACACAGAUAUCUCAACUCUGAGUCCAGAUGUUGGUUCAAAAUUGAUUUUUGAUGAAAGGUGUCAGAAGGAGGUGAACCUGACAGAAGUUAUUGCAUCUGCAAAGGUCCAGACCACGGACACUGGAUACGCCUUCAGUGUUGAGGAAUUGCCUGACACUGCACAAGUAUUCUGCUACAAGUGCUCCACUGCCACUGCCAACACGGAAGCGAACGCCCCCAAUGAAAAUGCAUGCUUUGUCAAGAUAAAGGUUUCAGCCGCUAAUAAGGACAGUGCUGCUUCGGCUUCCGCCACAACAGGGUCAGUGUCGGCUCUCUCGAUUGGAAUAGUCACUUCAUUCUUUGUCGCUGCGACUGUUCUAUAG